AUGAGUUUACUACGAUGGAUGGGUGUCAAUCACUCAAACAAUCCGUUAAAUGCUCCUUCUGGAUCUAAGCAACAAAUCACUCCGGAUCCUUGCAAAGAUGAAUGGUGGGCUACUUCAGGUGAAAGGUAUUUUGGUAUGGAAAACUUUGGAAACACCUGUUAUGCAAAUUCAGUCUUACAAGCACUUUACUUUUGCAAACCAUUUCGAGAGUUACUAGAGCUUUCGGCCAAUCAACCUCUAUAUCUUCUUGAUAGUGAAGUUGAUCAAUCAUCCGGUACAAGUUCGGGACCUUCUACUCACGCCAUCCCUCCUAAACAUCCUCGCAUUUCAACAGCCACUGUGCGACCGCAGACUUCAGAUGUUACUUCUUCACGUCAGCAACCAUCGUCUUCUAAUCAUCCCAAGUCAAUCCCUUCUCUCCUCAGCGCAGAAAAACUAGACCACAAGGACGCUAGUCCGCUCAUGGGCUCCAGUGGAGCAUCGGCUGCAAACGGACAUGGUACCAAUGGUCGACUUAGAUCUGGUAGUGUUCAGAUUCUAGGGUCUGUUCGUCAUCCAGCAGGAGAUCUAACGUCCGACCAAGCCUCGAGGAAAAGUGAACCCACCGAUUCCCGCGAUUCUCCAUCACGCAAAUCUUCAACGGGUCUAUCGGCUCCUCAAACCUCAGUACCACCUUCAGUACCCCCGAUCAAGCUACCAACGAACGUUAAGCGAAACUGGGGGGCAGCUGACCUUGAUCAGGGAUUCGGUUCUCACCGCAAGCUUGCAGGCGAGCCUGCUUCUUCGAAUCCCAACCAACCAAGCACAUUGGUUGCUGAUCCCAAUUCGACAAUCUCAUCAACACUACGUGACUUAUUUCAUCAUAUUUCUCAUCAACCUAAACCAAUCGGUGCUGUUGCUCCUCAAGCUUUUAUCACCACUCUUAAACGUUAUAAUGAAUUAUUUAGAUCUACAAUGCAUCAAGAUGCGCAUGAAUUUUUAAACUAUCUUGUGAAUUCAGUGGCAGAAGACGUAAUGGUAGAACAAGAAAGAUUGAGAAAAGCCGAAGACAACUCACCUUAUUUAGAACCACCUCCAACAUCCUUUAAAUUUGCUGAACCAGGUCGAACAUGGGUUCAUCAAUUAUUUGAAGGUGUUUUAACAAAUGAGACUAAAUGUCUUACCUGUGAGACAGUCACUCAACGUGAUGAAAGUUUCUUGGAUCUAUCGAUUGAUAUCGAACAGAACACGAGCUUGACGGCUUGUUUACGUCAGUUUAGUGCUAGUGAGAUGUUAUGUCAGAAGAACAAGUUUUCCUGUGAUCAGUGUUGUAGCUUACAGGAAGCUGAAAAAAGAAUGAAGAUCAAAAAGCUUCCAAACGUUCUUGCACUACAUCUGAAGCGGUUCAAAUAUCAAGAAGAAUUACAACGUUACAUCAAACUCACCUAUCGUGUUGUGUUUCCAUUUGAACUUCGACUCUUUAAUACCACUGAUGAUAUUCCGAAUCCUGAUCGUCUGUAUGAAUUAUGGGCAAUUGUGGUACAUAUCGGAACUGGGCCUCAUCAUGGUCACUAUGUGACCAUCUUAAAGUCAUCUGGCCGGUGGCUCUUAUUUGAUGAUAAUGUGGUCACUUUGAUCGAAGAAAACGAAAUACAAAAGUAUUAUGGUGACACACCAGGCGUCGGGAGUGGAUAUGUUCUGUUCUAUCAAGCUGUAGAUCUAGAUUUGGCUGAUGUGAUCGGACCACGGCCGGAACUUGACGACACUGCCGAAAGUCUAGUUGACCCGAUGGCUGGCUGCACGAUGACUGAUUUGAGAGAAGAGCCCGAAGAAUUGGACCAGUCACCUAAUCAUUUACUUUCGUCGCUCAAGUCAGAUGAUCAGGAUGUUGGAAUAAUCUCGCCUGAUGACCAUCCGACAUUUUCUCCCUUGUAUUCUCGUCAAAACUCUACUAGGGCUUCGGCUAGUUCGAGCAACUCAUUGAAAGCAGAUCAACCUUCUUUGACCGAUACUUCAAAUAUACAUUCACCUUCAACUUCAGUCCAAUACCCACCUCAGACUCAGCAAACGACUGUCUUAGGUUUGACACAAGACCGAACUCAGUUGCCCGACACUGUCUCAAAGGUGUAUUCCUUGACCACACCAUCUCCCUCUCAAACACCUCAGAAAUCGUUUCAUCUGCCACUUUCUCAUUCUACUAUCGUACCUGGACAAGAAGAUUCUGAUGGUUUAGGGCUACCUCAUUCAUUCCCUGCUCAUACCAACGGAGCCAAUUAUCCUCGCAAAGACUCUAGUCGGUCUCAAGUAGAUCCACCUGUUUCACCUCAUUAUGAAACUGAACUGAUACCGAAUUCAAGAUUAGGAUCUACAUCAGGAGUUAUGUCAAGUCAAACCACUCGACCUACAUCACAAACUGGAUCCGAUACAACCAAAUCAAUUCAACACGCAGGAUGGUUUAAUUCAACUGGAUCUAACCAUCGACAUCAACAUGAUUCAAAUGCAUCAGCAAGUGUAACACGAAAGAUUUCAGCCAAAUUCUUGAGAAGAUCAAGUAAAAAACCACAAGGAUCAGAAGGAAUGAUUAGUCCACAUUCUAGUCCACUCAGUUCAACUGUUGGAACACAAUCUGUACCAUUACCACCUUCCGUGAAUUUAGCAAGACCGAUGACACCUGAAGGAAAUUUCAAUGAGUUUCAUCAACAACAACAACAACAAGUGGGUGAUGUUGGUAAUAAUAGUAUUACGUUUGAAAAUUAUAGAAGACCACCGAGAAUCGAAUCACUUCAAUCAAUUAGCACACCUAAACAAAUUUCAUCACCGAAUAGUCGACCGAUCUUAGGACAUUCACAUUCACAUCAUCAUUCUCAAACCAAAUCAUCACAUCAUUCACAAAUCAUUCAUCAACAUAAUCUAAUGACCACAAGAGGAGCACAAGCACCACCUGCUACUUCAUCCUUGAGUGAAAAACAACAAAGAGAGAUUAAGAAGAAAACUGAAAGAGAGAGUAGAAAGACUCAGAAGGAAAUCCUUAAAGCUGUUAGAGCUAGAGAAAAAGAACAAGCUAUUGAUGGGAAGAAAAGAGCUUCGAUUGGGGUGACUGGGAUUGGGAUUGGGGGUGGAAGUGGGAUUGGAAGUGGAAGUGGGAUUGGAGGUGGUAGUGGGAUUGGAGGUGGUAGUGGGAUUGGAGGUGGUAGGGUUGGGAGUUCUUCUGGGUCAUCGGCUAGAGGAAGUAAGAUUUGGAGUAGGGAUUAG